AUGGCGUCAGCAUUGACUCACAUCGGAGCAACGCGUCUCGCCACCAUUCGUCCAGAGCCCACCGCCACUCUCAGAACUCCCGCGAGCCAGCCUUCGUCCUUAACAUGGUUACCACCAGCCGGUAUACGCCACUCUGUGUCGCGAGUUUCCGCUGAUCUCGUCGGCGGGCGCGGGCCCAGUCACGGCUGGCCGCACGGAGGCAACCGCUCGGCGCGCUUAGAGGUGACGGCGAGGGCGGGAGGCGCGCGGCCGCGGCCCGCUGGUGCGCGGCCGUCGCAACGGCCGCCGAUGAGACGGCAGCAGCAACAGACGGAGGAUAAGGACGGACCGCUGAUGAACAGUGAUAUCAGGGUGCCCACGCUGCGGCUGCUGGCAGAGGACCAGGCUCUGCUGGGGAUAGUAUCGAGAGAGGAGGCGCUCUCCAAGGCCCGAGAGGCGGGGCUUGACCUGGUGAUGAUAGCAGCGGAUGCCAAGCCGCCUGUGGCACGAAUCAUGGACUACAGCUUCUCUACCCUUUUCCCCUCCUCCACUUUUCCCUCCUGCAACUUUCUUCUCGCCCAUCGCCCCUCCCCACCCAACCCCUUCCCUGCUCCGGCCAUUUGUCUAGUAAGGCAUGCGUCCACUUGUCGUGCCGACAUACCUGUGAGAGUGAGUAAAACAUCGACACGGGCGAUUACAAGGUACAACAUUGACACGGGGGACUACAACGUGCGCCUCAAGCAGGCGCUCAAAUUCCUGCACGAUGGCGAUAAGGUGAAGCUGACGGCGCAGUUCAGAGGGCGCGAGAUGGAGUUCAAGGAGCUGGGGGUGAAGCUCUUUGAGAAGUUCCAACACGACGUCGCUGAGCAUGGUGUGGGCUGUGUUGCCUUCACCUGUGGGCACACUCUUGACCACUCACCUUCUUCCCUCUGCCCUGUUGCUCCCUCCCUGCAGCUGGCGAUAGUGGAGUCGAAGGCGCAUCUGGAGGGGCGAUCGGUGCACAUAGCUGGCGAUCGUGGAGUCGAAGGCGCAUCUGGAGGGGCGGUCGAUGCACAUGGUACUGGCGCCCAACAAGGCCGUGCUGCAGCGCAUGGCUGCCGCCGAGGAAAAGAGCCGGCGGGGCGGCGGAAAGGAGCAAGCGUGCCGAGACGCGUGGAGUGGUGUCUGGGAUGUGAGAGUGACGGGGGGGAGAGUGGGGGGGAGAGUGAUGGGGAGAGCGAUGGGGAGGAGGUGGUGGAGGUUGUGAAAGAGAAAAGUGGGCGGCAAUAG